AUGUCUCCCUCUCCAAAAGAACAACAAGAAUGGCCCCUAAAAUCCACCUUUCGUCGUCUAAAGCGAUCGCUUCUCAGACGUCCAUCCACUCAUUCACAAAAGGCACCUCAGAAAGCAGCUCGGCGUCUUCCCGAGCCACCUCUCUUAGUCGAGAACUCCGAAUUGGAUUUAGUAGAUAUUCUGUCCUCGACUGUUAAUACCACGCCUGCAAAUCUUAACGCUGGCCCCGUUUAUCAACAUCAACGACAAAAUACCCUUGAAGAUCCUAGGAGGUUUAAUGUCCUCGAUACAGAAGCCCAGAGUAGGGUUAAUCAGAAAAGAGAGAGAACUAUGUUUGGAGGUUUAAAGAGAAGGAUUUCGGAAAACUCUCCUCGUCCUACUCCAAAUUCCCCUCCUGCAACAAGGGAAACUCCAACUUCAUUCGGUAUUAUUCAAGAACGCACAUCAAUGGAAUUAGUUCUUCACCAUUUUCCCGCCGAAUUGUAUAAUUUCCCAAGACCCCCAACUCCGAAAACCCCAUCUAGAUCUCGGGAAAUUUCUCCCGUCCGUGCAGCAAAAUCUCUUAGAAGCAAAAUAUCGCGCACGUUUUCGAGAAACGGGAAAGGGAAGGGAAAAGGAGGAGAACAUGAUUUUGACAUGGAAGCUUAUCCACUUGAUAUAAAAUUGUUGAAACCUGAUCCGGCAGCGCUUCAUCCAGCUUUGGACAAAUCUACCGCCUCUGCAUCUUCACGAUCCGACUCUCCAAAUCUCUCCCAAAGACGGUUUUCUCAAAGAGACUUCCUUCGACCUAAUACUUCGGCAUCAACAUCUACCUCAAUGUCUAUUUCGGCAGCUUCAAAUCGUGGUACUCCACUAUUAACUGUCAACCAUCCAAGUGCGAUUAAGAAAGCAUUUUCCAGCUCAAGCCUGCGAAGUGAAUUACAAAUCGUUACCGAUGUCCCAGUCAUUGAAGCACAGGAGAUCAAAUCACCACCACCUACUUAUAGUGCUUCUAUGGAUUUUGUCACGAAGGGAAGUGAAAAACCUGCAGUGGAUUUGUCGAACCAUCCCGCGCUUUCUGGUGUUGGUGCUAGUGCCUCGAGUUCGAGCGAAUCACAAAAUCAAUCAACACCUACAUCUGAAGAAUCAGCACCGGUAGCUACAGUUUCUACACAACGCACACGCGCACUGAGCAAUGCCCCCCGUCCGUCUAUGGCGCAAACCGUUCGUUCCUCCUUCGAUAAUUAUGGCAGCACCACCAUAACAACACAAACUACACACGAUACCGUCGCCCCGCUCUUAAUCCGCAAAACGGCUCGAGGUUCCUCGCCAAAACGUUUCGCAUCACUGAAACGUUCUCUUUCAGACUUAACAUCACGACCUCCUCCCUCUCGAUGCCAAUCCCAAGACACGGGACUUGCAAACCUAAACUCAAACACCUCUCCAAAAGCCAAACGUACAAGUACGAGUUCCACGUCUUCAAAAUCGUAUUAUACAUUAGGAAGCGCGGAAGCUGCUGUACCAGGUGUAUCGAGAAAUUUAACCGUAUUAAACGCAAAGAGGAACUCGACCAUUUCAUCACAGAGAAGUUCUUUCGUUUCGACAAAAUCACAUUUUUCCGCAAAUGCAAAUAUAUACCCUAGAAGUUCCACCUCGACAAUAAGAAGUGUACCCCAGGAAGUAGAAUUUCUACCCAUCAAAUCUGCUCCUACUCCUACUCCUAUCUCUGCCCCUACAUUCGGUUCUCUGAGGAAUUUCUCCAGACCAGGCACCGCUCGAUCUCAAACUCAACAUCUAUCCCCAGCUGAGAAGAAAAAUCCCCCGGUACCCCGACGCGCAAAAACGGAUUUCUUGAAUAGUUUUGAGGUCCCUAAUUUAAUGAUGGAUUGUGGCGGUUAUGAUGUUCAUGAAUUUAGUUAUGCGGAAUAUACGUAUGUGGAAUCGGAGUCGGAGUCGGGAUUCGCAGCGUAUUCUACGGGGCAAAUGAUUAGGGAGGUUGCGGCUGGUGGUGCGGGGAAUGGGGAGGGUGGAGAUGGGAAUGGGAAUGGAGAGUUUGAGAAGUUUAUUUUGGGUGCGAGGGAGGGGAGAGAGGGGAGGGCGGAGAAAGGGAGGAUUUUGGGGAGGAAUGGGGUUGUGGAGAUGAAUUUGGAUAUGGAUGUGAAGAUGGAUAUGAAUGUUGAUAGGGAUGUUCACAUGACAGAAAAGAAAAAUAGAGGUGUAUGGAAGAGUUUGAGAAGGAAGGAGAGGAGUGCAAGUGUUAGAGCAUGA